AUGGGAACUGUGCUAUCCACCGCCACCAUUGGCAUCACCGGCACCAAGGCCGCCUCCAUCCCACGCCGGCGGUAUGGCUGGCUGCGCCGGCUGCGCUGCGUGACAACCGUGGAGGAGGCUAACCUGGAGGUGGUCGAGCGGUGGGGCUGCUUCCAGCGGGUGGCGCGCCCCGGCCUGGGCUGCGUGUGGUGCUGCCUGGGCGAGACGGUGGCGGGGCGGCUCAGCACCUCGCUGCAGCACCAGGAGGUGCAGUUUGCGGGGAAGACGCGGGACGGCGUGUGGGUGGAGAUGGUGCUCAGCGUGCAGUACCGUGUGGCCGAGGAGGGCGCCUAUGCCGCCUUCUACUCCCUGGAGGACCCGGUGGGCCAGGUAACUUCCUACGUGCUGGACGCCGUGGGCAUGGCGGUGGCGGGGCUGGAGGUGGAGGGGCUGUUUGAGCAGCGGGAGGGCAUGGUGGCGCAGGUGCAGCGCGGGCUGGGCAGCGUGCUGCGCGGCUACGGCUACGAGCUGGAGGCGUGCCUGGUCACGGUGCUGACCCCCACCGAGACCGUCCGAGAUGCCAUGAGCGCGGUGAAGGCGGCGCAGCGGCAGCGGGAGGCCGCCUGGGAGCAGGGCGAGGCAGACAAGUUCCGAGCCGUCAAGCAUGCCGAGGCCAGCUCUGAGAGCAAGUACCUGCAGGGCCAGGGCAUGGCGCGCUUCCUCAUCGCCUUUGCGGCGGGGGCGCGGGAUGCGAUGCGGGUGAUGGUGACGGGCAGGAUCAAGCAGGAGGAUCUCGCUUUCCCGGAGGCCCCGCCCGCCAACGAGGCCGCUGCGCUGGCGGCAGCCGCGGCCCCGCCCCACCCACCCCACGCCCACGCCGAGGAUGGGGCGCAGCAGGGGCGCAGCCACGCACAGGAGGAGGAGCAGCAGCAGCAGCCGCAUCUUCCACAGCACCAUCAUCAGCACCGCAAGGCGCCCCCGGGCCUGGCUGGCGGCAAUGGCGGGCUGGGCCGGCCGCUGCUGCAGCCCGCUGCGGGGCCGGGACCGGGGCAUGCGGCCAAGCCCAGCGAUGCUGCAGUGGUGGCACGGAUCGGUGAGCCGGCGCUGCUGCCGCCGCAAGCGCCUGCCAGCCCCAGCAGGGCUGGCGGUGCCCGGGGCCACAAGAAGGCGGUGGCUGCCGAGCGGCUGCCAUGA